AUGAGGAAGCGGUCUAACCAGGAUCGAUGUAGAUCUCAAGAAGCAGAACCUCCAUACGCCGACACAAUGCAGAGCCCUUUAAGGCGCAUUCAACAAGUGGACUGGACCGCUGUAAGGCGGGAUGGACACAACCUUUUCACCAAACUUAUCCGCACCAGGGACCCCAGAGACACUGAGACUAACCAAGAAUUAACUAUUCCCGGAAAGCAAAGGCUAGAGCGAUGCCUAUCCACAAUCGAUUUGACCUCCCUCGGGGUGGGCUCCUGCGUUGGCACUGGCAUGUACCUGGUGGCUGGAAUGGUCGCCCGCAAGUUCGCUGGUCCAGGAGUCGUGAUCAGCUUCAUGAUAGCUGCAUUGGCGAGCAUUUUUUCUGGUGCCUGUUACGCUGAGUUCGGCGUCCGCGUCCCCAACACAACUGGAUCAGCAUAUACAUACUCUUACGUGACCGUCGGCGAGUUCGUGGCUUUUGUCAUUGGAUGGAAUAUGGUGCUCGAAUAUCUGAUCGGAACGAGUGCAUGCGCCCGCGCACUCAGCGCCUGCUUCGAUUCUUUGUGUGAAGGCGCCAUCGCACGACAAUUGGCUAAGAAAAUCGGCACUCUGUAUGGAAAACCUCCUGACCUGAUCGCUUUCGGUAUCAGCAUUGGCAUGACCGUGGUCCUCGUGGCUGGCGUGAAGAAGUCCCUGUUCUUCAACAAUGUCCUGAACGCCAUCAACCUGAGUGUCUGGGUCUUCAUCAUGACCGCUGGCUUGUUCUACAUAGACCUGUCCAAUUGGACUGACCACAAAGGGUUCUUGCCGUACGGCUGGAGUGGGGUGUUCAGUGGCGCCGCUACUUGCUUCUACGCGUUCAUUGGUUUCGACAUCAUCGCCACGACAGGGGAAGAGGCCAACAACCCCAAGAGAUCCAUUCCCCUGGCAAUCGUCCUGAGUUUGGGCAUCAUCCUGCUUGCUUAUGUCAGCAGCUCCAUGAUGCUCACUCUGAUUGUGCCUUUCGACGAAGUUGACACGGACUCGGCUUUGGUGCAAAUGUUUGCGUACGUGCAUGCCCCGACAUGCAAAUACAUCGUGGCCAUUGGCGCGUUGGCGGGCCUGACAGUGUCAAUGUUUGGCUCAAUGUUCCCCAUGCCACGCGUUGUUUACGCGAUGGCACUAGAUGGACUGAUUUUCAAACAACUGGCCGCUGUUUCCGAGAAGACCGGCACUCCGGCCUUCGCCACCAUCUGCGGGGGUCUGGCAGCCGCUAUGGUGGCCCUGCUGAUUCAACUGGAGGUUCUGGUGGAGAUGAUGAGCAUUGGUACCCUGCUCGCCUACACGUUGGUGUCGACCUGCGUGCUGGUCCUUCGAUACCAACCCCACACCACCAACCUCAUUGAACUGCUUCCUCAAAGUCUGCGGACUCCUGUCGAUCCUGAAGGUACAGCAUCUGCGAACCGGGAGACUUCAUUUACACGGACCCCAACCCACGUACUGCCUUCGACCAGCCAGCACGUCAUGGUACGCCGAGUCACCCGAAGCUCACCCGAUUCUGAUGAGACUCUGCCAGGGGACGAGAGUGAGGAAUAUGGACGCGAUGACACCUUCUUGAUGAACUCGCAUACGGAGAAUAAGUUCUAUGGUGCGGUACCCGGCGGAUGCUCCGGUAAUACCUCCCGCUGCAGCCGUUUCUUCGACGCCCUCUACCGGCAACUCCACGCGAUGUCAUACCUCUGCCCUGGACUCUUCCCCUGGAUCGAUUGUGGGCCGGCCACGGAACAAUCUGGCAUGUUCGUGAUCAAGUCGGUAGGGGUGAUGUACGUCCUCAUCAUCGUAUUCGACCUGAUCGCGGCGUACGGUAGCCCAGGGUCCACGUUCACCGGCAUCAUCAUGGCUCUCCUCAUAAUCAGCAUCAUCGCCAUUUUACUGAUGAUCUCGAGGAAACCACAAAACCGCGUGGCUCUGAUAUACACGACCCCUGGAUUGCCAUUCGUCCCGGCGACUGCUAUCCUGAUCAACAUUUAUCUGAUCCUGAACCUGUCUAUUCUGACUCUGGUGCGAUUCACAAUCUGGAUGAUUCUUGGUCUCGUAAUGUACUUCAAAUACGGUAUCAAGAAUUCGACUCUUGAGACCGAUCCGCCUGUUGCGCCCGCGCCGACGCCGCCGCCACCGAACCCCCUGGAACGCACCACCAUCCCACCAGCGUCCCCCAUCAAGCCGACUGGAGACCGCAACAUAUUUGAGGGAGAUGGCAAUAAUGGAUUGUACGGCAAUUUCGAUCAAUACUCGGACCCAUUGCUGGCAUGGCAUGUAACCGAAUUGCAACCAGUUCAGUCGAGCAGCCGCGGAACAGGAUCAGGGAACUCCGGCUACAAGCAAGUAGAGUCGCGGUACAAUGCGAAAACAAACAGUACCACCUCCCACACUUCCAGCCGACCUCCGUGGGCGUACCCCGACUCGACCUAUGACAACUGGGACUAA